AUGUGUACCAUCUGUACUGAAUUGUUCACAAUACUAUUAGGCCCAUUAAUUAAUGUCGUACAGUUUCUGGGAGAACUAUGCUCCACACUCCUUUUAAAGAAAAAGGAAGUUUUAAAUUCAGUAUUACAGUAUUACAGAGGGGUUGACUUGGGGUAUCGGGGCCAAAAUACCCCAAGAAUCGCACCAUCACGAUCCCAAGCUCUCAGGCCAGUGUUGGAACAAAGAAAAAUGCUCAAGGAAAGUCUUCCAGUGUUGGUGUGGAUCCACGGAGGUGAAUUUCUCGCUGGCAGCUCUCAUGAAUAUCGACCUCAAGUCCUCAUGAACCACGACAUCGUACUUGUAGUUUUGCACUACAGACUUGGUAUCAUGGGAUUCCUGUCCACAGAGGAUGAGGUGAUUCCAGGGAACUUUGGGCUGAAGGACCAGACCCUCGCCCUCCGCUGGGUGCAGGACAACAUCCACAACUUUGGAGGAGACGCCCAUAGGGUCACCAUCUUCGGCGAGAGUGCUGGGGGCGCCUCUGUCCAUUAUCAUAUAUUGUCACCCAAAUCAAAAGGUCUCUUCUCUCGUGCCAUCAUGCAGUCGGGGUCGGCCAUCUCGCCGUGGGCUUGCCGGGAAGACCUCCGGACUGUGGCUGAGGAAGUGAGCGAAAGAGUUGGCUGCUCCAAAGGCAGCGGCAGCCAGGACAUGCUUACUUGUCUGCAGAAGGUGGAUGGACGGAGGUUGGCUGCAGUGGUUCAGGAUUUUAUGAGAUGGUUCAUCUUGCCCGUUGUUGCUUUACCUCAUGUUGAUGGAGACUUCCUACCGGAUCACCCCGCGCGUCUGAUGCGUGACGGAAACUUCAACCAAGUGGACCUCAUGGCUGGUUUCACAAGAGACGAUGGAGCUAUAAUAACAAAUCCGAUGCUUGUUCGCAAGGACCUCCUCCCUACUUUGCAGAACAACUUUUCCACCAUUGGCCCUCUCAGCCUGAUGGUUAGGCCUGAAGUUCAAGACACAAGUGCUUUUAUCACCAAAGUCUACCAACACUACUUAGGCAACGCAACCAUCGACCGCGACAGCAUAGAAGAGCUCACUAAGCUGAAUACAGACUACUCGUUUGCGAUACCUCACGACCUGACGACCAGCUACCACGCGCGGGUUCCAGGUCUUGCUACUUACCGCUACGAACUCAAGCACCGAUCCCAGCUGUCCAUGGGAGAUUUCUACAAUACAGAUAAAGGGCGUCACUGGAUUCCUCACGGGGACGACCUGUACUACCUGUUCGCCGGCGGGCCGCUCCUCAGCCCCGGCCGCCUGCCCGACCGCCUGCCCGACCUGCAGAGCCAAGAGGACCUGCGCCUCAGGGACAUCAUCACGACCACGUGGACGAACUUCGCUACCACCGGUAACCCGACCCCUGACGACGGCCUGGGCUUCAAGUGGGAGGCGGCGACCGAGGACGACCUUCGGUACCUCGCCCUCACGCCCUCGCCCGCCAUGGAGGCCGACCAGCGACAGGAGGCACGGGAUUUCUACGCUUCUCUGCCAACGCAAGUGAACCAGUUCCUCCAGCCUGAACGCACAGACUCGCCAGGAACAAACACCGAGAAAGACGAGGGACCGCGAUGA